AUCUGUUUCCGGGUCACAUCUUUUGCUGGCGCUACACGGGGCUAUGACAUUGUACCGAACAGUAGAGCCGUCUGGCCCUAUCUUAUGUGUAUUAUUUGAAAUACUUUGAAAGCAGAGGUAAAUCUAAAUCACAGACAUGACGACCCCCGGUCCAGGCUACACAGAUGAGCGGCAGCGCAGAGGAGCCCCGGGUGCUGUUGGGAUGGACUACAUCCCCACAGAUGAAGAGAGGAAGGUGUUCAGAGAGUGCAACCAGGAGAGCUUCUGGUACAGGUCCGUGCCUUUCUCUGUGGUCAGCAUGGCCAUCACUCAAGCUCUUGUUGCAAGAGGCUCUUUGUCUUCAUCACCAAGAUUUGGCUCUCUUCCAAAAGUUGUCUUUGCUGGUUUCUGUGGCUACUUGGCUGGAAAAAUGUCUUACAUGAAAACCUGUCAAGAAAAAUUUAAAAGAUUGGAAAAUUCACCAUUGGGUGAGGCACUACGACAGCGAUCAGGACUGACAUCACAAUAUUCUAAAGGCCCUCAGUCAGAGACUGGUGAUGCAGACCCUUCAAUGACAUCAUCUGAUGCCAUUUUCCAGUCAGACUCCCAAAGCCAGAUUCCUGCUCAGAACAGAGACUAUGGUUAUGGAUACAGCUCAGAACCACCCAUGCUCGAGAAGGAAGAAGAUCUGAGUGUUUCAGGUCAGACUUAUUUGGAUGAAGAAGAGCCCAAACGGAAGCCCAUCUUGUAUGAGGAUUUAAGACUCAAAAACCGAGAGAACUAUGAAGUCACACUUACUCAGAAGGCAGAGACCCUUAUGAAACCAGCGCCACAAAGGGACUCAGAAAGGCCUAAAAAAGAAGCCAAGAAGAACAUUUAUGGAGAUACAUGGGAAGAAUGAAUGUGUUCUGACGUGCAUAUUGGGAUCAUUGUUGCAGUUGAGACAGCUGAGGUUGUGUUCCUUUAUCAGUGUGUAUCAGUAGAGGUUAUGUACUGACAUCAUUUAAUUCAACUACGGGCAGGACAACAGAUAAAAUGUGUUUGCUUUUUAUUGACGCAUUUUUGUUCAUAGAGCGAUUGUUUUCACUUCACAGUAAUGAUUUCCUUAAUACACUAAUUCACCAUAUUUAAUAAGAGAAAGGUUCAUUUCAGAUGAGUAUGUGAUAUAAAGUUUAUAUCAGCAAUCAGUGAAAAUGUCAUGACUCACCGUUGACACUCACUAAUGAAGUUCCAAAGGUUGUAAUGUAACUGAAUAACCAAUGUUUUGUUUCUUUUUUGACUUGGCGAACAAUUGAAAUAAACUGCUAUGACUGUUCAACCUGUAAUUGUGUUCGGGAUAUUCAUGGCAUUUAAUAACAUUAUAACAUUAUACAUUUUAAAACAAAGAUGCAAAGACAGCAGCUGAGGUUUAGAAAAUACACUUUUAACAUGCACAAAUGAAAUAAAACUCCAUUUAUAUGUCGGGACAACUUAACAUAAUUGAAAGCUCAAAUUACUGUAUUUCAAGAAUGUUGCAGAACUUGAAAUUGUACAAAGAUGAACGUAUUGGCAUUAU